CUUUUUCUUGAAAGAAUAUGUCAAGGGAAGGGAACGCAGAGGCAUGUCCUGUUACCAAAGAAACAUGGGAGGAACGAGCAAAAAUAAAACAGGGGGAUUGUGGUGGACAGAGUGUUUAUCAUUGUCUGUCUGACAGUAAAGGUUGGAAGUGGGAACGAUGUGUGGAGAAAACAAAGAUUAUUAAAGGUCAAUGUCCAAUUUUUACUGCUGAUGGCUACAUUGACUGGCAACCAUGUAAUACUACCAUCCCACUGUGUCCAAACAGAACCUAUGUGUCUAACGAAGUGUAUAAAUUUCCAGCGUGUUUUGGUGAGAAUAUUCCAAGGGCAAAAAAGUGAGUAUGGCAUGAUUUCUUGAAGUUUAAACCAAAC